CCCCUGCCUUCCCUGAUGAAAGCUCAUCCCUACUCUGGAAGCCCCAGAUACGUGUAUAAGAUGGUCCUACCUGACAUGCGUGUGUUCCUGGGGCAGCACUCUCUUCUCCUUGUGCUACUGACCGCCAUUGCUCUCAGUCCAGCAACUGUAGUAGCACUAACCCAAGAGGAUGUCUGCAAAAAGGAUGUCUAUCCUCCUCUGUGGCAUCAGGCUCCAGGAAGCAUAGAGGAUUUCCCAAUACAUGGCAACAAAAUCGUCAUCAGUGCCUGGAACUACCUAGAGAGACUGGGAGUGUAUAAGAUCUUGCUCAACUAUUCAGCUAAAUAUUUCACCACAUCUGGAUCAAAUAACAUUAGCAAUAUCCUAUGGGGCUUGCCUCUUCAGCUUGGCUGGCAAUAUCAUACAGGCAGGCUAGCAGAUCCUUCCAAUGUUACCACCUGCGGCCAUGGUGCUGGACAGCAUCUGUGCAUCUCUGUACGAAGCUGGUGGGCCUCUGUGAAUUACUAUCUGGGUAUUAUACCAUUUCUGGGUGCCAUGGAAGCUGGUUUCUUUGGACAGUUGCAACAUGAGAUAAAAAUAUUACCACCAGAAGAGCUAAGAGCAGCCUUCUGCUACAGCACUGCCGAUUGCCGUUCCCACAUUCCAAAAGUCAUGGAUGCAUGGAAGGCUUAUUUUGAGUAUCUAUUAUCCACUGAACAGAAAUCUGAAAGGCUCAGAGCAUCUUUCUUCUCAAUAGAAAAAAAUGAAGCAUUGCAUUACUUAUGGAAAGCGCAUGUAGCAUCCAUUGCUUAUGCAGUUCCAAAGUUCAGAAACAGAUUAAAAUAUAUGUCUGGCCCUGAAGCAAGUUUUGGGGAGAACUGGGCUGAUGCUGUGGAUUUCAUUGCGGCUACACAUUUUUCUGCAGAUCUACAGAAAACAAACUAUUUCCAGGCUUUCUUACCACCGCGGAUGCUUUCUGAAUAUGAUCAAGCCCCAUUCAUUAGUGACUUCAGUCCAGAGCAGAACAAAGUCUUGCUUUCACUUUGUGUUCUUCACAAAACAAAUGAAUUGACAGGUGGAGCCUUGCUGCUGCUAUGGAGAACGGUUAUGUCUACUGAAGCAGGAAGGGCAGUGAUACGGAGUCUCAUUCAAAACUUGAUUACAGGCCCUGGAGUUUGCUCCAGUAAGAAUAAAUAAUGAUUUGAGCUGAGCUAUUUUGACAGCACUUCAUGUCUUAAAAACAGUUCCAACAUGAACCUGAUUGAUUCAACUAUUUAACCCACAGUAUAUCGGGUGACCUGAUCACGUUAACUCCUUGAAGCAGGAUUUCCUACGUAGCCAUGUUAAUGCCUCUCUCUCCUAUUGAAUCAAUAUCAUUAUGCCUAAUUUUCUUAAUUAGUCCUUAUUUGGCUCAUUUGCAUGUAAUUAAAAUGGCUCGCUAAAAUUAUAAAUGAGAACUCAGUCAAUUUGCCUUAUAAACACAUGUAUAAUUAAUGAAAAAUUAAAUAAAACCCAGUUACAGUC